AACUCCGAGUUAUUCGAGUUCAUGUACGCUAAAACCCGCCAUCCAUGACGACUGUCGUACGGACCCGUCAGCCGCUACAAAUCCUGAGCAUGAGCAGCAACCAGAGGCGCAGCAAACGCCUUGCGGGUAAGCUGCAAUCCAUCCUUCAAUUCAAUGCCAUGAUGCGCUUGUUCGGCCCUCGGGGCGAUCCAGACAUGAAAGCUGACAUGAUCCCGAAACGUAACGCAGCCGAGGCAGUAUAUGACGAGCAAGAUGGCGACUUCCUCUUCACGCGCGGCUCAAAGAGAGCCAGAACCACAUCGAUAGCUCCAGCGUCCACAUUAGAGGAGCCCGAGAACGAAGCAAUGCCGAUAUCGGUGCCCGCGAAGAAGCCUGUCGGGAGACCACCAAAGAACAGCGCAAGGAAGCGCGCAUCAUCCCCUGUGCAAGAACCACCUUCGCCACCACCAGCUGCACAGCAGCAGCAGAUCUCCGGACCGAUACCGAGGAGGACGUCGAAACGAAAAUCAAAUGGUGCUACUGCUGCUGCUCCGCCCGCACCCGCGCCUUCAGCAGCGAUACCAGCCGGGAAUGAGGAGGAUGCUGCCCCCAAAUCGAGGGGUCGGAGGAAAGGCCGUCCACCAAAACAACAGAAGGAUGACGAGGCACCACGACCAGUAAACGGCAUGCGCGCGGUACCAGAAGAAAACGAGGAGGACGAUGACGGGCCGAAUCUCGUUGGUGGGACGCCAAUGGACAUCGACGACACGAGGGAUGUGAGGACUACAAACCGAAAAGGAGCAGGGAGAGGAAGCUCCUCAGAGCCACAGCAGAUCGUACUACCACUCAGCGACACGCCAAUUAUCAACCGGAACAAAGAAAUGCGGAAGAAGGGCGGUGCAAGCGGCAGUCGGCGAAGCAGUCUAGGAAUGAGGGGGCGACGAGCCAGUUCCUUGAUCGAGAACGGGCAUAGUGCCAUACCGCAUCGCGAGGUCGACCCGUCCGAGUUCUACAAGCAUAUCGAAGCCGAGGGGCUGAGCGAGCCAAGGCGGAUGAGGCAGCUUUUGACGUGGUGCGGCGAACGGGCUCUUAGUGAGAAACCACCGCAUGGUAGUCAUGGUUCUAGUGCAAUUCUUGGAGCGCGCGCGAUACAAGACCAAUUGCUCAAGGACUUUGGAGCGAGGUCAGAAUUCUCGGAUUGGUUUGCCAGAGAGGAAGCACCGAAGCCGCCAGUGGUGCUACAACCAAAUCCUCGAAAUCUCGAGCACGACGCCAAGAUUGCCGAACUCGAAGCGAAGAUUAAGAGGCUAAAAGAAGAGAAAAAAGCCUGGCAAGCCCUCGCCAAACCCCUCCCAGACCUCGAACCACUAUACCCCGACCCCGACCCAACCAAAGCACCACUACCGGAACCGUCACUCCUCGACGCCGAAGAAGCCAAAAUCCUCGCCUCCCUGACCGAAUCCGACACGGCUUUCAGUUCCUUCCGGCGCCGGACGCGAUCGCGCCUGCAGAACGUGCAGUCCUCACUCGAGUUCAAGAUCGACCACCUGGCCGACAGCGUGCACAAGCUCGACAUGCGGGUAUCGACGGCGGGCCGUGAAGCGGAUCGGGUGCUCGCGCUGAGCGCGGCGCGGCUGAAGGAGCGCGAGGAGAGGGAGAAGGGAAGGAUGGGAACGAGGGAUUUGCCGACUAUUGAGGUGUUGAGGAGUUUGGGGAGGAUAUUGCCUGCUGAGGGGGGCUGAGCUGAAGGGGCUGGGUAGAGCAGUGGAAUCAAGACGGGAGUUCCCAUGUUUUGCCGAUACCCUUCCCAUUACUAUGUGUUCUUCUUAAAUGACCUGACUGAUGGUUUCCAUGAUGGGAGCCUGGGGCAAGACCGGGAACGGGCGACAAGGGCGUGAGUAAUUUGGUUUUGAAAGCAUAUGCGAAGGCGUUCAAGUACGUAUAGUGUACCAUGGGCUGCGGUUUAAGCAUUUAGGUCGGGAGGGGGAGGGAGCAUCAAAUUGAAAGCGUCCUCAGGCGCGUGGUUCGAGGCAACUUGCGGCAUUCACUGGUCGUGGCGUGGGACUC